GGGGAAGGAGCAGCCUGGAGGAGGAGGAGGAGGAGGAGGAGGAGGGGUUAGAGGCCGCCCCUGCCUCCACCAAUGACAUGAAAUCUGAGGUCAACCAUUCCAUGACCUAUUCCAGCAUUACUGACCCUACUACUGGGUGUUGAUGAUAAGCUCUUGGGAAAAUGACAAUCCACAGAGGACAUGUCUGUUGUCAAAAUAACAGGUGUACUUCUUACAUUGAGUGGGUGGUCAAGAGGCCCAGGAGCUUUUCUCCGGUGUAAAGGCUGCUGCAGAUCUGUAGGACGGUGGAGUUUCCUGACACAAGCUGAGGCUAAGCUAGAAGGACCUACCUUAAGGUCCUUUGAGAUACCAGGAGUUGUUUCAAGAAAGCAUGGCACCAGUGACUCUGAGAAUUCAGAAGAAGGUGGUGUCUUUGUAAGUCCAGAGCCUGAGGAUACUCAUUCUCAAUGGCGAAUGAGGUUAAGAGAGACGGGCGAGUGAGCAGAGCCCCUCUGAAGAGCUACGUCCACGCAGAAGGAAGGGAAGUGAAAGAUGGAGAAAGGACACCACCAGCACAGUAGCCAGAUGGAUGCCAGUGAGGAACCCUUUGUCAUUCAUACUCUUCUUAUUAACAAACAAAAGCACUUAUUCCAUUACCACGACGCGAUGCACGACAGGGUGAAAAAAAUCCUCAAAGAACGACAGAAGGAAGCCGAGGACUCCUUAGUGGCACACCUUCAAGUCUGCCUUCCCUCAGCUGUUCAACAUAUUCAUGGCCUUUGUGACUUUGGCAAUCUUCCCUGCAGGCCUGGCGGGUCAAGGUAUGGGAAGCAUCACCCCUUCACCCCAGACACCCUCCCCACACCCCAGGCCCCACACACCCCUGGGGAGAGGCAGGAACACACCCCAAACAGCUGUCAUGUCUCAAAAUCAAAUCAAAGGGAAUUUUUGAAGACUUGGGGUUCAGACAGUGGUACCCCUGCUUCUCCCCCAACCCCACACCCCGGACGCCCCUCCAUGCCACCCCGUGGACACCCUGGGGGAGGCUGCCGCACCCCAUGCACCCCACACACCCCAUGAAUGCCGACAGUGGGUGCCCAGAGUUGCAUCACAAAACGCAAGCCUGGACCCAGUUGACUUCACACAGUCUUCUCAGCCCUCCCACAGCCUUUGACAGCCUCCCACAGUGCAUCACAGCCUCCUACAGCAUUGGAUGCCAGAACACAGCACACCAAUCCUUCCCACAGUGGCCAGAAACAGCACACAGCAAAAUGGUUAACCAGAAUGAACAGACACACGAACUGACACACAUAGACACAGCGCCAAACGCCAUAGAGCCAACGCACAGCAUCCCACAGCAGCCAGGGGGACAGCACAGCAUCACGGACUCCCCAGACACCCUCAGAACACCACAGCACACAGCACAGGAUGAAAUAUUAAGCUUAGCCUUUGCAUCACCUGUCAUAAACAGCACUGGGGGAGAUGACAGCACACAGUGGCACACAGCAGGGACCCAGGGACUAGUGAGGACUGAACAGCAAGCCACAGCAUCACCACACCCUGUGGAUGCUGUGAGGGAAGCAGGACGACCACACACAAGGCACAAGAUUGAGAAACGGACAGAAAGAGGAACCAUCAAUUCGAAGGAUCAUUUUAAAAACAAGACUCAUAACUUCUGCUGCUACUUCUGCUGCUACUACUGCUACUAUUACUGCGGCUACUGCUAUACGGGGUGCAUCUGUGUCCUCCAGCAAUAUUUACCAGUGUAUCAAGACUUAGACAAGACUUCACCAUUAAACAAGAUGAAAAUCUCGGAACAGGGAAGGAGAAAAAUAACUCGAAGAACGAGAAGGACAAGAGGAAGGCGCGACACUGACACACAAACGCACACACACAUAAAACGGAAGCCACUACAGGCUUUAGACCUCUCAUGUGACUCUGGCAACAGUGAUCCCAGUGUUACCAAACCCCUGUGUGACUCUAGGAGCGCGGACAGCCGGAAACAAGGGCUGGGGAGGCCGGGAGUGAGGUCAGGGGUCACAGGAGAGGGAAACAGUGCUCUUCCUCUUCCUCCUCGCUGCAGUUCAGGUCACCACAGCCUUGCCGCAGCCAGCCACACCCACCACGGGCCUCCACACACCCUCACGCAGCAGUGCCAAGGCUGGACACAGCACUGCACAGCCCAGAACAGUCUAUGCCUAAUUCUCUAGUCAUUUAUAUUCAGAAUUUAACCCCCCUUGUGAGGACAGCGACUACCACCACCACCACCACCAGCACAGCCAAGCAGAUGCAGACACAGAAGAAGGAUAAUAUCACAUGACCUCUCCCACACCCUUGACCUGACCAUGUAACUGGCCAGGACCAUACUGAGGCGAUCUGAGAGUCUCCUAACUUCUCUGCCCCAACCCAGCGGCAGAAAUAGCCCAAGAAGUAGCCCAAAUGUAGCCUGCCAUAAGAGAUAGCCCAGUAGCUAAAAAAAAUAGCCCAAAGAUUAGGUUGCCCAAAAAAUAGCCCAAAGAAUGUGGUUUUUUAUGUUUUAUUUAUUUAGUUUAUUUAUUUUAAUUGUAAAGGAAGUUAAGAAUUUUUUUUUUAAGUCAGUCAGUUCUCUAAGUCAAGAAAGGUGUGUGUCAGUCAGUCAGUCAGUCAGUCAGUCAGUCAGUCAGACAGACAGACAGACAGACAGACAGACAGACAGACAGACAGACAGACUUAUGCCAUUGAGAAAAUGACAUUAAGCUCUAGGCUAUUAAAAGUAGAUUUGAUAUUUGAGAGAGAGAGAGAGAGAGAGAGAGAGAGAGAGAGAGAGAUAAUAAUUGUAGUAUGUGUGUGUGAGAAACAUGACUGGCUGCCCAGAUCACCCUUUGAGGCAGCUGAUUGGUUGACAACUUGGUGCUUGUAUCUGAUUGGUCACCAUGACUUAGAUGUGACACGUGAUUGGUUGGAAUUACUACUGUUACUGUUAUUUUUAAGUUCUGACUAAGUGUAAUGGGAAAUGUUGUGUUUCUGAUAAGUUUUUUUGUCAUUUUCAAGUUUGGCUGAGUUCUGACUAAGUUCUGAAUUUAAAUGCAUUUUUGUGAAGAUUUUUAGUCUAGGAAAGUUUGGUUAAUUUUUUUUUUGAAUUUCUGAGUGAAAAUGUUGUGUUUCUGAUAAGUUUUUAAGGUCAUUUUCAAGUCUGGCCAAGUUCUGACUAAGUUCUGAAUUAAAAUAUUGUGUUUUUGUGAAGAUUUUUGGUCUAGGAAAGUUUGGCUAAUUUUUUUAAAGUUCUGAGUCAAAAGGUUGUGUUUCUGAUAAGUUUUUUAUGUCAUUUUCAAGUUUGGCCAAGUUCUGACUAAGUUCUGAAUUUAAAUAUUGUGUUUUUGUGAAGAUUUUUUAUUAAGGAAAGUUUGGCUAAUUUUUUUUUAAGAUCUGAGUCAAAAUGUUGUGUUUCUGAUAAGUUUUUAAGGUCAUUUUCAGGUUUGGCCAAGUUCUGACUAAGUUCUGAAUUUAAAUAUUGUGUUUUUGUGAAGAUUUUUUAUUAAGGAAAGUUUGGCUAAUUUUUUUUUAAGAUCUGAGUCAAAAUGUUGUGUUUCUGAUAAAUUUUUUAUGUUAUUUUCAAGUUUGGCCAAGUUCUGACUAAGUUCUGAAUUAAAAUAUUGUGUUUUUGUGAAGAUUUUUGGUCUAGGAAAGUUUGGCUAAUUUUUUUUAAGUUCUGAGUCAAAAGGUUGUGUUUCUGAUAAGUUUUUUUAUGUCAUUUUCAGGUUUGGCCAAGUUCUGACUAAGUUCUGAAUUUAAAUAUUGUGUUUUUGUGAAGAUUUUUUAUUAAGGAAAGUUUGACUAAUUUUUUUUAAGUUCUGAGUCAAAAUGUUGUGUUUCUGAUAAGUUUUUUGUUAUUUUCAAGUUUGGCCAAGUUCUGACUAAGUUCUGAAUUAAAAUAUUGUGUUUUUGUGAAGAUUUUUGGUCUAGGAAAGUUUGGCUGAUUUUUUUUAAAGUUCUGAGUCAAAAUGUUGUGUUUCUGAUAAGUUUUUAAGGUCAUUUUCAGGUUUGGCCAAGUUCUGACUAAGUUCUGAAUUUAAAUAUUGUGUUUUUGUGAAGAUUUUUUAUUAAGGAAAGUUUGGCUAAUUUUUUUUUAAGAUCUGAGUCAAAAUGUUGUGUUUCUGAUAAAUUUUUUGUUAUUUUCAAGUUUGGCCAAGUUCUGACUAAGUUCUGAAUUAAAAUAUUGUGUUUUUGUGAAGAUUUUUGGUCUAGGAAAGUUUGGCUAAUUUUUUUAAGUUCUGAGUCAAAAGGUUGUGUUUCUGAUAAGUUUUUUUAUGUCAUUUUCAGGUUUGGCCAAGUUCUGACUAAGUUCUGAAUUUAAAUAUUGUGUUUUUGUGAAGAUUUUUUAUUAAGGAAAGUUUGGCUAAUUUUUUUAAAGUUCUGAGUCAAAAUGUUGUGCUUCUGAUAAGUUUUUAAUGUUAUUUUCAAGUUUGGCCAAGUUCUAAGUUCUGAAUUUAAAUAUUGUGUUUUUGUGAAGAUUUUUUUUAUUAAGGAAAGUUUGGCUAAUUUUUUUUAAGUUCUGAGUCAAAAUGUUGUGUUUCUGAUAAGUUUUUUAUGUUAUUUUCAAGUUUGGCCAAGUUCUGACUAAGUUCUGAAUUUAAAUAUUGUGUUUUUGUGAAGAUUUUUUAUUAAGGAAAGUUUGGCUAAUUUUUUUAAGUUCUGAGUCAAAAGGUUGUGUUUCUGAUAAGUUUUUUUAUGUUAUUUUCAAGUUUGGCCAAGUUCUGACUAAGUUCUGAAUUUAAAUAUUGUGUUUUUGUGAAGAUUUUUUAUUAAGGAAAGUUUGGCUAAUUUUUUUUAAGUUCUGAGUCAAAAGGUUGUGUUUCUGAUAAGUUUUUUUAUGUUAUUUUCAAGUUUGGCCAAGUUCUGACUAAGUUCUGAAUUUAAAUAUUGUGUUUUUGUGAAGAUUUUUUAUUAAGGAAAGUUUGGCUAAUUUUUUUUAAGUUCUGAGUCAAAAUGUUGUGUUUCUGAUAAGUUUUUUAUGUUAUUUUCAAGUUUGGCCAAGUUCUAAGUUAUAAUUGAAAGUAUUGUGUUUUUGACAAGAUUAUAAGUGUGAAAGUUUGUGUUAAGUUCAUUGCAGUGAAAGUUGAUGUGUAUACUUAAGUUAUUCACUUAUAGAAACUUAUAAGGGCAUAAAGGUUACAUUGAAAAAAUUAGAGGAAUAAAUGUUUACUUAUUUUGUAUUGUGAGAGAGAGAGAGAGAGAGAGAGAGAGAGGUCAGGUGCCUUCUAAUGAUAAUGAUGAUGAUAAUAAUAAUAAUAAUAAUAAUAAUAAUAAUAAUAAUAACUAGUAUUCAUACCAAAAUAUCCAUCCAUAGAAAAUAUUCAUGUUUUUACUAUUAUUAUUAUUAUUAUUAUUAUUAUUAUUACUAUUAUUAUUAUUGCUGCUGCUACUACUACUACUACUACUACUACUACUACUACUACUACUACUACUACUACUACUACUACUACUACUACUACUACUACUACUACUACUACUACUACCACCACCAAACGCCACCAAUACACUCCCACCACUACCACCACUACUACUACUACUACUACUACUACUACUACUACUACUACUACUACUACUACUACUACUACUACUACCACCACCACCACCACCACCACCAAACACCACCAAUACACUCCCACCACUACCACCACUACUACUACUACUACUACUACUACUACUACUACUACUACUACUAUUUUUUCCAUGCAAUUAGGCAUAUUAGGAUCAUCAUCAUCAGUAGUAGCAGUAGUAGGCCUAGUCAUUACACACACAAUAAUUCAUAAUAAACUUGUAUAUAUAUUUUUCUGCAUAUUUCAAUUUCUUAUUUUAUUUAUUCCAAUGAUUUUAACUAAUACACUCCAUGUUUAGACCUAUGUGUGUGUGUGUGUGUGUGUGUGUGUUAGGUGACCCAGCAUGACCUCACUGUGACCUCUGCAUUUUGAGUCAAGUCUGGUGAGAAAUUGAUGUACACUAGCAUUGAAACCAUUGGAGAUUCAAAUAAGCUAGGCAGUGUUGUGUUGUGUUCGGGGUGUUCGGCUAAGAAUUAAAAUUGUGUUUCGGAUAAGCUGGCCAGUGUUGUGUUGUGUUCAGGGUGUUUGGCAAAGGAAAAACUGUAUUUGGGAUAAGGUGUGUGCAUUUUUGGGUAUUUGGUGUAGGGUAAACUGUUGUAUUUUGGGUAAACUGUUGUAUUUUGGGUAAACCAGCAGAAUAUUGGAUAAAGUUGUGUUUGUGAUGAAAGAAAUUGUGUGUAGAAUAUUUAGGUGAAAGAUAAGCAGUGUUUUUUAAUUAGAUACAGAAGUGGUGUGUGUGUUUUUUUGGUGUUUGGUAAAGGAUGAACUUGUAAUUGAAAUGGUGUUGAGGAUUGUGAAAAUUUUGUUAAACUUAUUUCAUAGUAUCUAAUUCUUUUCUGUGGUCUUCUUCCUCCUCCUCUUUUUUCUUUCUUUCUUGUGUUCCUUCUUCCUCUUUCCCUUUCUUUUCUUUCUGGUGUUCCUUCUUCUUCCUCUUCUUUCUCUUGUCCUUUUCUUUUCUUGUUCCUUCUCCUUUCUCUUCUUCCUCUUCCUUCUGUCUUUUUGUUGAGUUUUGUCUUCCUUCUUCCUUUGUUGUCUUGUCUCUUCUUCCUGUCUUCCUCUUUUAAUUUACUGUUUUAUAUUCCUCCUCCUCCUCCUCUUCCUCUCUUUCAUUCUUCCCGUCAUCCUCUUCACUUCUUCAUUCUUCCCGUCAUCCUCUUCACUUGUCUUCCUUUAAUUCAUAUGUACCUCCUCCUCCUCCUCAUCAUCCUCUUUCUCUCUUCCCUGUCUUUUCCUCCUCAUCUCCUCAUCAUCAUCCUCUCUCUCUCUCUUCCCUGUGUGUUUUCCUCCUCCUCAUCCUCUUCCUCUCUUCCCUUUGUCUUUAAGUAAAAUUCAGGUUUGUCUAUGUUGUUAUUAUUAUUAUUAUUAUUAUUAUUAUUAUUAUUGUUAUUAUUGUAACAUUCUAAACUUUUCUAUAAGGAUUAAAUUUUGAUAUAUUGA